UAUAAUAUGGAAAUUUAUUUAUUUAUAUAUCUGAUAUAGAACAUUGUUAUCAUGCAAGAAAAAAAGAAAAAAUACGAAAUGAUGAAUAAUUAUUCCAAUGCAAUGAAUUAUCUGUCAUUAUCAUAUCGUGUAUAAUUUAACGAAAAAAUAUUACGAAUAAGUCGUACAUUUGAACUCUGUAACCAACGUUACAAUGAAAUUAUAAUAUGAUGAUUAAAUGUAGAAGUGCAUGUAUAGAAUUUCCACUUGUAUGUGAUGAAAGUAAGAUGAAGAGUGGGAUUGGAAUACAAUUUAACGGCUUACUCAACAAAUCAACAGUUCGUUAUGACGACAAAUCACGGACAGAUAACGUUGAAAAAUCCUGUUUCAAGUUCUUUUAUUUUUUAUUGAUUAUUGCUCUUCUUAUCACACAGUGUAAUUAUUUCGUAAAACAAAAAAAUUUUGUCAAUUCGUGUUUACUAUACUUGGAAUUUUAAACACUCUUUUUUCAUUUUUUUAAUUUUUCAAUAUUAGUGACGUAUCGAGUUUUGAAAUUUUCCUUCUUCAUCGUAUAUGCGUCCUUCGUAAAAUUCGUUAUAUGUCAUAAAGCAAUGACGUAGAAUUAUGAAACGAUAAAAGACAAAGCGAAGACCUCACGUGAACUAACCGAUAUUUAACAUUUCGUUCGUUUACUUAUGCUUGUGAUGCAAAAUAACGCUUUUUAUAUUUUUUUUGUGUUACAUGUUUUUAUGAAUUGAAGUUUCAAUUUCAAUUACGAACUUUAAUGGCAUAUAGUGUCAUUGGCACUAAUAUCUGCGGUAGUGUUCGUACUGUGUGCGAUGGAAUCAUUAUGAAAUAUGAAACGUAUAUUUUGUGAACAAACUUUCAAAAAUCAGAAUUUAUACAUCGCAUAUUCUAGUAAGAGUAAUGUAACAUAGUAGCAGUGUAAUAUGUAUAAACAAUUUCAGAAACAAAAAAUUUUGAAAGAAUUUUCUUUAUCGAUAUUAUUUUUCGGAGUAGUAACAAGGAAAAUUCAUCUAUAGAGACGCCAUGUUAUAAGUUAAUGGUGAUCAAAAGUACUGAAAAAGUGAUUGUAAACGGAAACAAUGAUUUGUGUGAGUGCGUUGGUAUGGUGAUAUCGGUGAAACAGCAUCAACGAACAUUAUCGGACGAGAACCAGGAUAAAAUAAGUAAUAUCUCCAUUGAAGAUCAUAAUAUCGAAAACUAUCGGAGCGAGAUAGUGCAUUCUGUCAAAGAUAGCGCGGUCAGCAUUACCGAAAAUGACAGCAUUGCCGAUUCAUCUACGCAGUGCAGUAACGUAGAAGACGAUAAUGACAAUGAAACGGAUAUCGAAGAAGAAGAUUGGAUACCUGAUUUACCUGUACCAACGGGAUUUCAACAACAUCAAGAAGUGACAACCGCAGAUGGCAAUAUAGUGUUACCUAAUGCAGACAUUUCAAAUUUUGGUAAUGUGCGCGUAAAGAAUUCGACUAAUGUGCAUCUUGGUAAUAAGACCUUUUAUAAGGGUCCAGUGACAAUAAAACAAUUCGUUUACACGAAUCCGACUUCAAUACAGGACUUUGAUACGGUGAAGAGUGAUGUUAUAGGAUCGGAUAUCAACACAUCUGACUUGUCAACUGCUAAAGGAGAUUCGACUGCGAAGAACUCAAUUUUAUCACAAAAUCCUGAUCUCGUAACAAAAUGGUUGCGGACUUGGCGAUAUGCAGCAUUUUUGUGUAUUCUAGCUUUAAUUCUUGUAAUUAUUAUGGUCAUCGCCAGUAUAUAUUUUACACGCAAUUCUACUAUUCCGUCAACCGUAGUUUUUCCGGAAAUACCAGAUUCUUUAUUCGGAGAUAAGAUAAAAAAUAUCCGUUUUAUUGAACGAAAAGAAUGGGGUGCUCAACCACCUACAACACAAUUAAUAAAGAUGAAACUUCCGGUACCAUAUGUGAUUAUAAGUCAUACAGCAACACAAUUUUGUAACACACAAUCGGAGUGUACAUUUUAUGUUCGAUUUGCACAAACGUUUCAUAUUGAAUCUAGAAAUUGGUCAGAUAUUGGUUAUAAUUUUCUUGUUGGUGGCGACGGAUAUGUAUAUGUUGGUCGUAGUUGGGAUUAUAUGGGUGCUCAUGCAUUUGGAUAUAAUAACAUAAGUAUAGGUAUUUCUUUUAUUGGAACAUUUAAUACGGUAAAACCACCUAAACAACAGUUAUACGCUGUGCAGAAACUUAUCGAAUUAGGAGUAGAAAAAGGGAAAAUUGCACCAAAUUAUAAAUUAUUAGGACAUCGUCAAGUUUCUCGAACUAUAAGUCCAGGUGAUGCAUUAUACAGUGUUAUUCAAACUUGGCCUCAUUGGUCGAAAGAACCAUAAAAAAAAAUUAUUUUUUUUGUAUCAGUGAUAUCUCGAAUUUUUCAUUUUUAUCAUAAAAAUUUCGAUGGAUAUUUAUUUAUUUGCAUAAUUUACUAUGUGACAAUGAAAAUAUUGUUUAUUAAUAUACAAUUUAUGUGACAUUUUAUAUAAUUUAAUUAUAAAUGAUAUAUGUUUAAAUAUAUUUAAUAUUAAAUUAUUAUAUAUUAAAUAAACAUAUUGAAAUUAGUUGAAAGAAUAUAUGUAAAAGUUUUAUAUUUUUAAUUGUAAAUGUAAUAUAUAUUUUUUUAUGUAGAUAAUUUUAGUAGUAGAAAAAAUAAUAUAUAUAUUGUAAAAUAAAGAAUUACCUAAAAAAAUAUAUAAAAAAUAUAAUAUAAAAUUUUUUAUUCUAAAUAUUGUAUAUAUAUUAAAUAUUCAUUCUUACAAAAAUUUCUUUAAAAAAUUUAUUUUAUGAUUCAUUACAUUAAACAAAUAAUAUAUAAAUAUUGCAGAUUUUAUUAUAGUACGAUAUUAUUUUCUGUAAUUAUAUUAAUAAAAAAACAAUUUAAUUUUUAUGAUUAGAGGGCGCUGAAUCUUGUCUUAUAAAUCAUUAAGUCUUAUUUUCAAUAUUGACACGUUUCGAUAGAGAAAUUUAUGAACGCAAAAAGAAUAUAAAUGUUUGAAAAUUGAUAAAUUAUAGAACACAUAUUGUUUAAAGAAAUUAUUACUGUUAACAGUAUUUUAAAAAGAAAUAAUUGUACUCACAGCUCUCAAGGAUUGAAAAUUUUUACAUAUCUGCUUUAAAUAUAAAAUGUAAUGAAAGUAAAUUCGACAAUAAUAUUUAAAUUCACAUCUUAAUACAAUCAAUUAAUUUACUAAAAAUUAUUAAUUCCAGAUUAGUUGUUAAAAAAUGUUAUAAAAAAAUGUAAUGAAUAAAAGAGAACAAGUUGAGAUCGAUGGUAGGAAUUGAUAACGCGCAAUGCGAUACGAUGGCGACACAAGCUUUCAUACAUAAGUACGAUUCGUAUAAAUUGAAGAUAUUAGUACUAUUAAUUUUUGUGUGGUGUGCUCAAGUCGUUUUUAUAUAUAUAGUAAUUUUCCCUACGGUAGGGAAUUUUUCUCUUUUAAAUUUUCGCGGUUUUCUGUAAUUUUAUAAAAUGUGUAACAUGUAUCAUGAUAAAGUGCAUAGAUAAAAUAUAGUAAAAUAAUUAUAGUUUAGUAUUUUCUAAUAUAUUUAUAAUAAUUAUUAAAAUUUUUUUUAUUUAUAAAUAUACUAGUAUUAUGUAGCUUUUUUAUAUUAAAAUUAUUAUAUUUAUUUAUAAUUAAAUAAUUUUAUCUUCUAACAUGUUUAAUGUUUGUAAUUGAUAUAAUGAUUUUUUUUAGUAUUAUAUGAUUUUUGUUAAGUAUUAUUAACUAUUCAUCUUAUAUAUUUAUCUAAUUCUUUCAUUUAGAAAUCUUAUUUUCUUUUUUAACUUUUAUUGAUUUUUAUACUUAUUUAUACAUUUUUAAAAAUUAUAUAUUUGUUUAAAAAAUGCUUUAAAUUUAUUUUAUAUUAAUAUUUUUUUAAUUAUUUUUUUAUUAAUUAUAAAUGCUUUAAAGUAUUAUAACCUCAAAGUUUAUACACUUUUUAUCACUUUGAAUAUUUAUAUGUUAUUUUUAUUUACUACAAUUACAAUAUUUAUAUAUAAUUUAUGAAUAAGUUUCAAAAAGAUUUUGAUAUUUAAAUUAAUUUUUUAAAAAAAGCAUUAAUUACAUUUCGUCUUCUAGUUUUAGUUUUCGUUCUAAUGUUAUAAUAAGAUUCUUGUUACUAGCAAAACAGUAUUGCCAAGUUUAAUAUCAUGAUUUAUAUUUAAAGUAUAGGUUGUAUACAUGUUUAUAAUUUUUCGAUUUAUAUGUCAAUAUUAUUCUCGAAUUAAAGAAAUGUAUUGUAUAUGAAUAUCAAAUUUCAAAAAUAACUGUAAUAAUUUUGACUGAUGUGUUUCUAUGUAGAGUAUUGACAACCAUAUUACAUAAAUCCAUGAUACAUCUAAUAUGGUCAUAAAUGUUUUUCCGAUAUAAAAAGCAAAAAACUUAUGACUAAAUUUAAAAAAAGAUUAUUACAAUUUUUUUAUAAUAGUGAAAAAACAUUUAUGAAUUUAAAUAUUAGCAGAUAGUAAACAAGAAAAGCCGCGUAUAAUUUUCAGUUGUGUUAGGAGGGGCAAUGCACCAUGGGAACAAUUUGUGACAGGCGCAUGCGCAGAUCAGUUUACAGUUGGAGCUUGGAAGAAAAUGGCGUCAGCUAAGUUUCUGGAGGAAGCUCUGAGCACGGACGUCGAUGAAUCCGCAGUGAACGCGAUAGUAGGCUCCCUUGAAACCCAACUGGUAACAUCGACGCCGGUUAUCAAGUAAGUUCUGCGUCAAUCAGUCAGCAGAAUCAUUAGGUGAACAGUGGUAUUUCCAAUGGAGACACCAUCACCGCGGUACAGUCACAGAAACAUGGGGUUGUGGUGCUGUGGCGUGCGGGUUGAAGGCGGCGAGCACUCGCGAGAAAAUGGUCGUAUGCUUGUCCCUCUGGUGGCGAGGAUAAGAAGGGCCGUCAAAACACCCCCCUGCCAAGGGGUCUAAGGUACGGGCCUGCCAAUAAACUUACUGAUGAGUUCGCUGGCAGGCCCUGAACGAGACGAUCUUCCUUUUCCCGCCUUCUUUCCUCUCUCUCCUCCUUCUGAUCUCGCUCACAUCGUAUAAAAGUCAAAUCUUCGUGAAACCCCUCCCAAAAGCUUGGGGGGAGUGGAUGGCGGCUC